UUGUUUAUUCAAUAAUUAUUUACAAACAAAGUAGUUAAAAAAUUAUGAUGGCUAUUCCAACAGCUAAUAGUAGUUUUCCAGUAGUAAUGCAAGAUUAUUAUUCUUCAUAUAAUUUUCAAAUGCCACAACAACAUAUUGCUUCAAGCCAGCAAAGCAUGAGCAGCUCUCAUUUAAAUAAAUUUGAACAUGAUAAGUCUUCUGAUAAAUCGAAUAGAUCAAAUGAUAGAGAAAAAUCAAGAAAUGGGGAUCAAAGACGUGAAAGACAUGAUUCAAUGUCCCGAGACAAAGGGUCUAGUAAUCAAAUUGAUCAUGAUAAACCACCGUUUUCUCGUGUAUUUGUUGUAUGCAGUAAAUCACAUACUGGUGAAGAUUUAAGGAAAACAUUUGAAGAGUUCGGAACUGUUGAAGAUGUUUGGGUUGUUAAAGACAAGCAAACUAAAGAAAAUAGAGGUGUUGCUUAUAUCAAAUUUUCAAAAAUGUCAGAAGCAUGCUUAGCUGUAGAAAAAAUGGAUGGAAAAAAACUUUCAGAAUAUGAUGAUGCAAAACCUUUAAAGGUCAUUAUUGCACAACCGAAAUCAUCAAAAUCUACAGAGGAUUUUAAUGAUGAAUCAGCACUCACUCGACUUUUUGUUGUAAUUCCAAAAGGGAUGGAUGAGAAAGAUCUCCAAGAUUCAUUUGACAAGUUUGGAGAAAUAGAAUAUGUGCAAGUUGUCAAAGACAGAAAAACAGGCGAGAAAAAAGGAUUUGGGUAUGUGAAAUUUAAACAUGCUUAUAAUGCAGCAUUAGCUGUUGAAAGUUGUGACAAAACAUUUAGAGCUGUUAUGGCAGAACCAAAGUCUGCUAAACUUAAAAGAGACAUGGCGCAUUCUGAAAACUUAGCUUCCGUAAAUAUUGGAGGUAUUGGAAAUGGUUUAGAUUUUUCUCUUGGCUUAAGUAAUUGUAGCAGUCGAUCUGAUAUUCCAUCAUCUUUUAACAAUGUCGGUGCAAUGUUUUCUGACAGGGGAUCAUCAGCAAUUGGAAACCGUCUUCAAGUACAAGUUGCACAAAAUGUUACUCAAGAGCAGUUAGCACGUUUAUUUGAUUUGAUUCCUGGAAUGGAGUUAUGUGAUUUAAAGCGGAACUAUUCAACAGGAGAAUCUAAAGGUGUAGCUGUAAUAGUGUAUAACUCUGUUGGUUCAGCUAUAUAUGCUAAAGAAAAAUUAAAUAGCUUUGAAUAUCCACCCGGUUCUAAGCUAGUUGUUCGUUAUGCUCCUGAUGAAGAUGGUCAAAUAGAAUUAUCAGCCCAUCAAUCAAAUCUACAAGUUAACAAUAUUCCGUAUUGUACUGUACCAUUGCCAUCAGCAAAGCCUAUAUCAGAUGCAGAAUCUUGUGCAGAGCGUUUAUUUAUUGUGUGUCAGCCUUCGCCACCUCCAGAUCAUAUUCUAAAAGAUAUAUUUUCGCGUUUUGGAGAUUUAAUAGAUGUUUUCAUGCUGAAAAAUAAAAACUUUGGUUAUGCAAAGUACUCUAGUAUUGAAUCAGCAGAAGCUGCUAUUCAAACGCUUCAUGGUGCUGAAAUUUUAGGUAAAAAAUUGAAAGUUUUGCAAGCAGAGCCACCAAAAUCUAACGAAACUGCUAGAAAACGCCCAAGGACAUGAGUUUGAAAAUUUUAUGACGUUAGUUUAGCUUGUUUAUAUUUCAAUUGAAUGUCAGAAAAGAGCUUUUUUUGUUGGUAAGUAAAUUCAGGUAGGGUUAUGAUUAUUAUCAACUUUAACAAAAGUUUAUUCUUACUGCAGAUACGAAGCCACAGAACUCACUGUGAUAAACAUUCUACGAGGUGAGCCGACUAUCUUACAUAACAGAUUUAGUGCUGUAAAUUAAAGAAACUUCUUCACUUAAAUGACAGGCUAACGCACCAGGUUUAAAUGACAUGCUAACACAAGGCAAACCUCAACAUAUGAAAGUACAUCUCAAGCCACCUACGUAAAACGAAUACAAUUUCGGUUAUGCACUACUGUAUGUUAGCUUAUGCCUAUAUAUUGGAUUUGCAUGCACUGGGUUAAAUGAAAAUCUAUACGGUUAUUUCUGUUAAUGUUACUGUUCAUCUUUCAUUUACGCCUUGUUUUUGUUAGUCGAUACAUUUUCGCAUUCUUUACUUAAAAGUUAACGUUUUUAUUUGUUUAAACGCUCUCGUCAGCUAAUACUGAAUUACCUGACUUUUAACGACUUUUGUAAAUAAUUUUCUUAUUUUAACUAUAAUUAUAAAUGAUGAUUAUAAUCUAAAAAAUUUAUUUAUUUAUUUUAA